UCUGAAUUUCCCAUCCUGAUCCAUUUUCAGACAAGCUGCACGGACAGGAAAACUCCGGGCAGGUCACGCUCGCGGAAAUGUCAGACAGCGCAUCGAACAUCUGACGCAUUGUGACCUUUUGUUUUGACGUUUCAACCAGCUUUCUCUUCCUCCUUUCUCUUAUCCCGGUCUUGCAUCUUCUUUCAUUGCGUACAACCCUUCUCAGGACGCUCAUUUCGUGCGUUUUUUUCAAACGUCAGCUGGAAAUAACCAUGUGCAUGGUCGCCUACGCGGCAGCUCAUCGGUAUCGGCGCGCCCUUCUUCCUGUGUUCUGCACGCCACGAACCAUUCAUGUCCUCGUUGAAACGCUAAUAACUGCGGCAAGAACAAAUAUUUUGGACAACCUCGCUGGCAGCACUGGAUGCAAGUGGAAGUCUGCGUGUACAUACACCCGAAAGUUUUCGGCUUCCGUGAGGUCCGCUCGUGCCGACUUCUGGAGCCAACCACUUACUUUCUCCAGUUCCGACGCAUUUUUGCGCACAAUAGGAUGAAUCCUGCAGACUUAAUCGUUCUGCCUGCGGACUGGCGCUUUUUACUCCCGGGGUUGGCGAUUCUGUUCCAGCGAUGAAUUUCAGAGCUACGUGCACGCCAACUGCGGCCAGUCCGCCGAGAAAGGGCCCCAGCGCUUGGAGUGGUCUCCAGCAGCUUCGCUCGCUUGCCUCACUGCGGGACCGACAAGCGCGCACGCAAGGCAACCUCAGGAAGGCGAGGCAGAAAAGUCGAGAUUCGCGGAAAUGGACGCUUUUUCGACGCCGAACGCGGAUGAUACCAGCACCUUUUGCCGCCGUUGAGGCAGAAGACGGGAUAGAUGCUGUGGCACAUUUCCGGUGGAGGUACGCGGGAACUGCGACGCCUUUGACUGGCAAGUUUGGCUCUGCACAUGACCAGACAAUCGAGGAGCGUCUUGUCAGUUCUACCGAGUUAAACCCAGAAAUCAACGAAUUCUCGACGAAAUUCGCGCUUUAUUCCGAUAGAAGCUUGCCGUGGUGCCUUCCAAUGGUGGACCAACCUUUCUCAGCGCCGGCAUUCAGAACGAUGCAUGCUAGGAAAAUCUUCAAACACGAACGGGAGGCGGUUCAACCCCGCACUUCCUCUUGCUGCUGGGUUCCUCGGCCGUCAGUGCCCGAUUCUGGUGCGCGUUAUUUCUUUGGCGUGCCAUCAUCCUUACGCGUUCCGGCGCCGUGUAUUCCUUCUACGUUCGCCGUCCAUCAAGCCUCUUCAGGGAGCUUCGCGACUUCACCUCAUGCGGUCUUCAACAGGGAACACCGUACAGUGGCAUCUUCGUCGCGAGCUCAGCUGCUUCAAGGAGAUCAGUCAGAUCCCCCUCACCCUUCCACGUUUCGGUCGGAAAAGCCCCCGUUCCCUUCCGACUCCAAAGGAGCUUAUUUUCGCGGGGGUUCGCCUUCGUUUCAGCGCGUGGCGUUCUGUGCGCCUACCAGCAAAGGCGAUUGGGGCAGUGAAGCGGGGCGGGGAGCUAACGAAAAUUUGCGCCUCUGGAAGGGCGUCCACGCAUGCACCGUCGAGCUGCGUCAGGCGCUCUUGAGUCGGCGUACGUUCAACAGGAGCGGGCCGCGGAGUGAUCGAGUGUACAAGCAGUCGGAGAGAACCACUAGCCUGGACCACCGGUAUGUCGUUCCAAGUGCGCAUCAUGGCCUGACUUCUUCUGUUCGAUCGGGGGACUCGCGACGCCACGAGGCAGCCUCUCAGAUGAGACCUCGCGAGGACAAGAAAAUGGCUUCCCCUGCGGCCUUUCAGGGUCAGACUUCAGAGCCAAAGAUAGAAGGCGAACAGGGGCACCCAAGCCAGGGCGGCGUCGGGGAGGCCGAAAGUCAGUUGCUGUCCCGGCUGGCUCAGAGUGCUCAUCACAUGCCCACGAGAGACGUUGUUUUCGUCCUGACUCAUGUGCACAAGUUGGUGUUCCCCUGCGCUCAUGCAUGCGGCUUCACGGACCCGAUUCUAGCAGUGUAUACAGCGGCCGCUCAAGCGCUUCGCGGUCGCCUAGGCGGCUUGUCUUCCUUGGAAUGGAAAGAUGUUCUCGUCCCUAUAGUUGGUCUUCUACUCGAACACUCGCCGCGGGCUCCCGCGCUUCCGCAACUCGCUCCACGGCACGAUUCGUUCCCUUCUUCUUCACCGCUUGGUUCCUCGCCUUCGGCUGCUUCUCGGGAGCCGUCCAGUAUCCAGAGUCACUGCGGGGGAAGGGAACUCGGGUCUCCAGAGGCGCUUUCGGUUGGUCUCAGUGCAGUGCGUGACGGGACCCGUGAGCCAACACUGGCGUCUCGUCUCAAUGGUUCCUCCUCUUUUCCGCCCCUGCCGGGCAUUUUCGAUUCGCUCUUAAAAGAUGUGUGCGCUCGCAUCACGCGCUACGCACCUUCUCUUCCGCCCCACCUUCUUCUCUUCUUUUUCAACGCGUACGCGCGCCUGGGAGUCUUCCCCCCGCCCCUAGUGCUGGCCACAGCGAAGGCCGUUGAAGACCGCAUCGAGACACUGUCGCCUCAGGAUCUCUCCAUGGCCGUGACGACUUUCGCUCUUGCUCAGAGACACAGGAAAGAGUCCCGGCACAGAACAGUGGCUGCGAAUGAAACGAGGGGAAUUAGGGAAACGAGGGAAAAGGGCACUCGUGCAAACUCAGGGAGAGCGACGGACUGUGAGCGAUCUAGCAAUGGGGACAACAUCACCGGUGACUCGUCAACCCCGCUGCCACAAAAGAAGACCUUUCGACCUCCACUGUUCUGUGAGUCUCUUCACGACGCCUCUGCUUCCACUGUCUCCGUCGCCGCCUCUGCUCCUUUGCCUGUCUGUCAACCAUCGUCCGCUGGUGUCUCCUCGGGGUCUCCGCAUCUCCCAUUCGGCUCCUCUCGCGAUAGCGAAGGCGUGUCGUGGGUCGGCUCACGCAUUCCUGAUGUCUCCCCGAUUUUCUACCGGCUCCUGUCGCAUCUGGUGGCUUCGCCGUCUCUGCGGCAGCAGCUGCCUCUCUCGAGUGCGGUCCAGAUCCUCUCUGCAUGUGCGCGGUUUCCUCUGGAGAUGAGACACAUGGAGGGACGUCGGGCCGCAUGCGCAGCGAGGCCAAAAAGGCGGGAGGACAGCUUGAUCCCGCGGCCCUGCGCGAGUGAGCCGCCGUCACUAGCUGACGACGUCAAUGGCGAAGGCGAGCAAGUGGGCAAGCCCAAGGACCUGAGAGACGAGGAACACAACGCUCGCGACCCGUUUUCCUCUCCUCGACUUCCCGCUUCUUCUCCUCCUUCUUCGUCUCCGUUUUCGUUCGGCCGCGAAUGUUCUUCCGCUCCGCCUGCCGGUGAAGCAGGCGUGCUGGCCUCUGUCUUCCACAGCGUUUUUGCGGAUGUUCUCAUGCUCUCUGCGUUCGAGAGCUGGACCCCUCAGCUUGUGGCGAGCGCCAUGAAUGCCUUCACGAGUUGCAAAAGUCUACCUGCUUCUCGACGCCACGAGGCGCUCGUCCUGCUUCUCCACCGUCUGUUAUUCACAGUCCGCGUGCGUCAGACAGAAGUAGCGAGAAGGGGGGAAGCAUGUGCAGUCGCGGACAUGCGAACGAUCGAUCCAGUGGAGAAGGCUGGGAGUGCAGGAGACUCCAGAGAGAAGCCGAGUGAACGGGCGAACGCGUCGCUGGGAUACAAACACGAUGCUCGGGGCCCUCCGGGAGACGACUGGAGGGUGUUGGAUGAAGCCUUCAGCGACGAAAAGAUCGUCGUGAGUUUUUCCCUGGCUCUGCAUGCGCUGGGCAAGGAAAAUGUCCGCCUGCCUGCCCCCGUCUUGGCGGAGGUCAUGCAGAGCAUGGCCUGGAUCCUCAGACACUGCUCUCGUGCCGCGUUUGCAGCUGGGUUGCCGAACGAGGCUCAAGUUUCCUCUUGGAAUUCUGAGUCGAGGCGAUCGCCAAGCGUUUUCAGCGCCUUCUCUCAAGAUGGCGACGGCGGUAGGGGAGCGGUGGGGCGUGGAAAACAGAGCUUGCAGAAGUUCGAAAAAACGUCGAGUGUUCCCCUUUCGCGAGAGUGGGCAGUGAUGGCGUGGGGGCUUGCGAAACUCCUCAGCUACGCAAAGGUGAGUAAGACACCUGUGGCGUGUGCACGAGGAUAUCCUGAAGCGUCGCGUUCAGGCUGCGAAGGAACCGCGAGGCCUCUUGACACCUCGGAGGUGGAAGCUGGCUGGGCGGAGCACUGCGAGAACGUGUUUCGGCCGCUCUUCCUCCUGGUUCCUUCUCUGCUUUUGGAGCAACGGAAUCCGGACUUCAUUGCUGUCUCUCAGCUCGCGGACGCCGUAAGGCGCGUGCUGCUUCUCGAUGCAGAGAAGUCCAAGCGACUCGACUGCACGUUGUCUCCGAGACAGGAGGUAGCUUCUCCCGAUUGUAAAGAAGGCGCACAAUCUCAAGGGAUGCGCCACAGCCCCUCUAGGCACACACCCCAGCCUCUAGAGAGCGAUUCGUCCUGUUCGGCAACUGCCCAGACUGUCACUGUCAAAGGGCUGGAAGGGGCUUUGUGUGAGCGAGCCAGCGUUGCCAACCCCGACGGUGGAAGCUCUAGCGGCUUUGCUGAUCGAGGAGAGUCUUCGGUUUCAGGUGCAGGCGGUCCGGGCGCAUGUGGCGGUAGUGGCGAUGCAUGCGGUUCGACCGCUGAAUUCGACAGGAGCCCGCAGCAGCGCGAGACAAGUGGAACUGUAGAGCGUUCGGAUUCGGAGGCUUUGUCGCGCAACGAACCGUCUACCAGCCACACGUCUGUGGACACGGGAAGUUUAGGAAGUCUCAGAUCGAUGGAGGAAAACCCUCACGACCGCUCUCCGUACUUGUGGGAGCAGCGCCUGAUGAAACCAGAAGAACUGACUUUCCUUCUGCGCUUCGUCGCAGGGUACUUGUUUCGGUGGGCCGAUAUCUGCAAGCCCCACCAGCUCCUCCAGACUUCUUGGCUGUACAUACAGCUCAACUUGUUGCACACGCUCCAGGUCGAGAUCCCGAAGAGUGUGGCGAACGCCCCCGCUCUUGCCUGUUCUGCCUGGAGCAAGGAACGGGUUGACCACUCUCGGGACUGCGAGAGGAGAACCCCUUUGCCUUUCCACAUGCGUGCUGCAGAUACACCAGAAUGUGAAGGCGGGGCGAGAGACGCGCCGCGUCCUGCGCAUUCAGUCCCGAACUUGUCAGCCGUUGAGUUCAUGGGAUGCGUCUUGGAUCGCCUGCGAGAGUCCGAGGAUACGCUAGACGAGGGAAACUCUUACUUUCUUCAGCAGCUGCUGCGCGUGUACGUGCUAAAGUAUCCAGCGAUCAUGAAACGCCAUCCGAAACGCGUGAGAAAGUUCGUAAAAAGGCGCCUCGGAGACACGCUAGACAAGGGAGCGGACUCUUUAUCCUAAGCCACUCUUGCACAUGCAGCCGUUGGAACCCCUCAGCUGGCCAGGCCGCCAGUUGAGUGCCGGUUGGGCAUCAGACCUGUCUCUCCUCAUGCAGUGUGAACAGCAGAAAAUCGUGUUUUUCGAUACAAAAGAAAGUGUGUAUCUGGAGUGCAUGCUGCACUCGCGCACGCGUCCAAAUUCUGCUCUCGAGGUUCUCGUGAUGAACUAGUGGUGAGGCGUUGUACGUGGAACUGGCGAUGCAAGCGUUGUUUCUGAGGUAGGCGUAGUUAUGAGCCUUUUCUCGGGAGUAGACUCUACGAAUUGGCCUCCGGGUUUACGUCUCGGCUUGGGUUUUUCCGUGGAUGGCAAGCAUAUCCGUGUCUUACGUUAGAGCUUCGCCGCGCGUCUACGCUUACUCGAACAUUUCGUCUCUGCUAAGAAAAGACACGGGAUAGAUCCGACUGCUAAGUGAUCCUUUGCC